GCUAGUUAAUCGUUAUUCAAACAAGGAAAGAUGACUGAACCACUUAAACCACCAGCGAGUGCUGCUGCUUAUUACGUUAUGACGCAUCAUUCCAAAUUGGGUAAUCUUACUCCUGCUGAAAUUAAUGCUCUUUGGGGAACGGUGUCUGAGAAAGAAAUGAAAAGGAGCAUUGAAGAACACAAAAAGAAGCAUGAAGACUACGUUCGGGAUUUUGAAAAAUUCAUCAGGAUAUUGAAUCCAGCCGAACUUAGAUCUUAUCGCACAAUUAUGAAGAUUCGUGCUCGGGAUCAGGAGGAUGAGGUUCAAGAAAGUUCUGACGAGGAAAGUUCUGAUGAAGAAAGAAAUGACGAAGAAAGAAUGGUGUGAACCGACUAGUUCAAAUGAAACAAGUACAAUGAACAAGUAACGCUUUCUCCAGCGAUGACCUCCAAAUUGGAAGAAGACUAAACGGGCUGAAAAUGUACCAUUUAUAAGUGUUUAAUUGAAGUGUUAAAUGUUUCAGAAGUACCUAUCAAAUAGUUAAUGGUCGUCAAAUUGCAUGGUGUUGCACAUCCGACAAUUCAGAAUCUCUAUAGACCCUUAAAAUAAAAUGCUCAAACAAA